AUGGCCUGGUCUUCUGAAGGUGUCAGGCUGACUUUAUUCCUGGUGUUAGACUUAGUCACACAGGCGGUUGGUGAAGUUGAUAACUCCACAUACAGUAGUCAAGAUGCAGUCAGAUGGGACAUCUCCGAGUUUGGUGCCUGUUCAGUUGCUUGUGGCGGAGGAAUACAAGUGCGCACAAUCAGGUGCGUGCGCAGCUCGCAGAAGUUUGGAGUCGAUAAAGAGAUCCGUGUUCCAGAAUCCCUGUGUCCGCUUCCGGUGCCUCCUUUGACAUUAUCCUGUAACAGUCAGGCGUGUACAGCCCAGUGGACCAAAGGCGAAUGGUCCCAGUGCACCGUUACAUGCGGGACGGGGACACAAAUGCGAGAAGUCACGUGUCAGAGCGCUCCGUUGCAAGGGCGUCGCUAUCAUGUGGCUCCCUCUGAGUGCGGCGGUUUGGCGCCAGAAUCCUCUCGCAAAUGUCACAUUGCUGACUGCCCUUUCCACGACAAGAUCAAGCCGUAUUCUAUCUUGUCAGAGAAUUAUACGCUUAUACAGCUGCAUAGGACUAAGAAGAUCAAAGUGAAUAUUGGCGGACAGGUACACCUUCUGCCUGGACAGACGAUAGUGGUCAAAUGUCCAGUAAAACAUUAUUCAAAACAACUGAUCUACUGGAGUACAGACUACAGGCUGGUGCCCUUCAUGGGCCGUGUCAGAAGCACUCCUGGGGGUUUGUACAUCAGCAAAGGUGACCCCAGUACAGAUGCUGGAGUGUACACAUGCAUUGCAGGCAAUCUAACUGCUUCAAUAACAGUGCUUUUCAUUGGGAAAGAUGAUCCAUCAACAGUAAUAUACAAACAGUGGCUGAAAAAUUCAAACAAGAAAAAUCACCAUCAUAAAUACAAAAUUCAUGGACACAGGAACAAUGACAUUUUGACUUCAGCUGGAGAAAUAAACUAUGAAGAGUUGAAUCAGCAGAGAGAUCAGAGUCAUAAUUCUUCACACUCAUCUCUGGUUUAUGUGACUGGUGACUGGUCACCCUGCAGUGCUGCAUGUGGGUUGAAGGGUCACAGGAAACGGAAGGUGUCGUGUUCCCACAUGACCCCCAAGUACGUGAAGAUUGUCCCAGAUUUGGAGUGUCAAGCUCUUGGGCUAGACAAACCUGAAACUAUAGAAGAAUGCUCCACAUAUAAGCAUUGUGCUAUCUGGCGCCCUGGACCAUGGUCUCAGUGUCUGCCAAGCUGUGGGCCUGCUGGCCACAUGACACGAUUGUUGACCUGUGCGUGGGAGUCUACGGGACAAUCUGCUGGAACUGCUUGUGACCUCAACAACAAACCAACAGUCUCAAAACCCUGCAAGACAAGACCCUGUCCACUAGAAUGUAGCGACAGCUCUGAGUACUGUGAUUUGGCCCGUAUGCUCAAACUAUGCCGAUUCUAUCACUUCCAGCAACAGUGCUGCCUCACAUGUGAACGGCAACAGUUGAUUCAAGGACAAUAA